AUGAACUCUGGACGCCAGCACCGGACACCCUUCAGCAUCGCAGACAUCCUAGGCCCGAGCAUGAUUCCUCGAGCACCUUCUGCGCCACAGCUUUCUGAGACCAGCCCUGAUCCCGCGUCGCCACUGUGUGCGCUGGAGGAGCUGACAAGUAAAACAUUCCUGGGCCGCGACCCGCGCGCUCUGCAGCCUUCUGAAGGCAGAGUCACCCCUGAGGCGCCGCUGUGUUCUGGCGCUGGUGUCCGGAGACGCCGCAAAUCGCGAACAGCGUUCACUGCACAGCAGGUGCUGGAGCUGGAGCGGCGAUUCGUCUUCCAGAAGUACUUGGCACCGUCAGAGCGCGACGGACUGGCUGCGCGACUGGGCCUGGCCAAUGCCCAAGUGGUCACUUGGUUCCAGAACCGUCGCGCCAAGUUCAGGCGGGAUGUAGAGGAGAUGCGCGCCGAUGUGGCCUCUCUAUGCGCGUUGUCCCCGGGAGUCCUGUGCCACCUGACACUGCCAGACAGCGCUUCAAGCCCUGACCCUGGCCCUACAGGACCUGAUUCGGAGCCCCAUUUAUCGGAUGAAGAGAUACAGGUGGACGACUGA